CGCCCUCCCCGCCCGGGCAGCCCUCCGGCUGCCAGCGUCCCGCAGCCGGGACCCCCGGCGCGCUGCCCAGUGCCAGGGCUCGCCCGGAGAGCCGCGUCCGCGUCGCCGCGGCCGGCCGGGGCCCCUCGGCCAUGCGCCCCCGCGCCACCUCCCGCGUCCCCGCCGGCGCCGGCAACGCGCUCUGGCUCUGCAGCCUCCUCCUGCUGCUGCUGCUGCCGCUCCGGCCCGGGUACGCGUGCCCCGCGGGCUGCGCCUGCACGGACCCGCACACCGUGGACUGCCGCGACCGCGGGCUGCCCAGCGUGCCCGACCCCUUCCCCCUGGACGUGCGCAAGCUGCUGGUGGCCGGCAACCGCAUCCAGCGGAUCCCCGAGGACUUCUUCAUCUUCUACGGCGACCUGGUCUACCUGGACUUCAGGAACAACUCGCUGCGCUCGCUGGAGGACGGCACGUUCAGCGGCUCGGCCAAGCUCGCCUUCCUGGACCUCAGCUACAACAACCUGACCCAGCUGGGCGCCGGCGCCUUCCGCUCGGCCGGCAGGCUGGUGAAGCUGAGCCUGGGCAACAACCGGCUGGCGGGGGUGCACGAAGCCGCCUUCGAGACCCUGGAGUCGCUGCAGGUGCUGGAACUCAACGACAACCGCCUGCACAGCCUCAGCGUGGCCGCCCUGGACGCGCUGCCGGCCCUGCGCAGCCUGCGCCUGGACGGGAACCCCUGGCUGUGCGACUGUGACUUCGCGCACCUCUUCGCCUGGAUCCAGGAGAACGCCUCCAAACUGCCCAAAGGCCUCGACGCCAUCCAGUGCUCCCUGCCCGUGGAGAACCGCAGGGUCUCGCUGCACGAGCUGUCGGAGGCCAGCUUCAGCGAGUGCAGGUUCAGCCUGUCGCUCACGGACCUGUUCAUCAUCAUCUUCUCGGGCGUGGCCGUCUCCAUCGCCGCCAUCAUCUCCAGCUUCUUCCUGGCCACCGUGGUGCAGUGCUUCCAGAGGUGUGCGCCCAGCAAAGACACAGAGGACGAAGAUGAGGACGAGGACGACUGAGCCGCCUCCCGCACCGCCCCCGCCGGCCGGCACCUGCUGAACACGGAAAGCCUCGGCCGCCGCCGGGGACCAGAGCGGAGCGUCUCUCUGGCAAGGACUCUGGGUCGCCCCGGGGCCAUCGUCCAUGUCAGAGUUCAGAAGCAGCAGAGUGGAGGAGCCUGGGAGGGGCCGUGGGGGUCACCGUGGAGCAGAGCCUGGCUCCCAAGAGGAGUGGGGGCUGGGGAGUGGGGGCUGGGGAGACCGAGUCAGCUAGGAGCCUCCCACGGAGCUCUGCAGACUGGCGGCCUGGGGCGCCAAGAUGACUUCGUGCUGUCCUUUCUCUGCCCUGGUCCUUUCUCUGCCCUGGGUCCUCCUCCCAAGAGACAGGGGCUUGGGCGGUAGGGACUCAAGUUCAGAUCACUCUCCGUGAGAGAAACUCUGCUAGCGCAGGCCCGGCCGGCUUGGGAGGCCACCGUGGGGAUGGGUGAGCGCCCAGGCAGGUGUCUGCGUCCCGCCACACGCCCCUGUUGGAACUUCAGCGCCAGUGUGACAGAGUUCAGAGGUUACGCCCCUGGGAGGUGCGGGGUCGUGAGCGAGGGACCCUCCUCUCACCGGAGGAAGCCCUGGAGAAUCUCUUUGUCCCUCCUACCGUGGGAGGGGACAGUGAGAAACCAGCCGUCCAUGAACCAGGAAACGGGCCCUGACCAGGCCCCAGCCGUGCUGGUCCGCUGAUUGCAGGCUCCCAGCCUCCAGAGCUGAGGGGAAUAAACGUGUUUAAUAGUC